CUUCUACAUUCAUCACUCCUCGCUCCCAGAAUCUUCUCCGCCUUUCUUUCGUCUUCUUCUACCAUGUCGGACAAGUUGUCGUUCAGAGCCCUGCAGCUUGCAAACGAGCAGCGCAACACGUAUGGUCUCCGGUACCAUGAUUUCGCUCGGUACAGGAAGCACUGUGCUAAUAGAACUCAUCGAAUUCGGUCGACUUUGAAGAUUACCCAUGGCAAAGGAAGGGAUUUCAAGAAGCUUCCACCAGUGAACCAGGAGAACAUGAAGGACGGACAUCUUCAAUUGCUGCUCAUGGAGGCUGAACGCGCAUGGGCAUAUUCCCAGGAUCUUGUGUCCCAAUCCUUGCAACCCACUAACUCUGAAAAAGCCUACACACUUAGGCAUAGUGCUACGGGACGGUUACGUCGCAGCGUCAACUGGUCAACACAGCUCCUUUCCCAUUGCCAAGGAUUAUUCGCCUUGUCUCGGUUAUCCGCUGGAAGCUUACUUGAAACUACUAUCUACACGCUAAUUCUUAAUGGUCGUUUUCUUCGAUAUCGAGAAGAUUUCGAAGAUGCUCUCAUCCAGCUCUGUGUGGCAAGACACUUGUUGGAUGAGCUGGCUGCUGCUGCUACGACCAGUCGUGACCAAGCUCUCGCAGUCUUGUUUGCGGACGAAAUCGGUCCAGAGAUUCGGUACUGUGCGCAUGAGCUAGGUUGGGAAAAAUCCUACGACGUUGAUGGAAUAGUCUCUGAACUAUCGUCAAAGCAUAAGAACGCCUUGGUAGAAGGUUGUGAUGGUCUAUUGAGCAGAUUCAAAACAGAGGAAGAAGCAUUGAAGCACGUCGAGGGCAAAAAGAAGCUGGAGACUUUGAUAUGGGAGGGCGAGCCUGUACCCGUACGAAACCCAGAGCUUGUCGAUGUCUUCCUCAAAGUGCAAGAGGCCGAGAAGAAGCUAGACGUCCAUGAUGACGGAAAGGCCAAGGCCAGUGGUUCGAAGAAGAGCGUGGUGGCCUACGAUGCUAUCCUCCUAGCUCUUAGUGAUGCAGAGGACGUCGCAAGGAGACUGAAGGAGGCGCAGCAGUCAACGGGAUCAUCUGCCGCUACAAGCAGCGGAACACGCGAUAUGCACUUCCUUUAUGCUUACACCGUAUUUCAAUUACUAUCGCGGCGUAUUCAGCGAGACUUUAGGCUUGUCAAAGCCUUGCUGGCCUCCCUAUCCAGUCCCUCGAGAACCCAGUCUAAACCUCGUCAGGUUGAUGCCAGAGUGUAUCCUGCUAUUGUGAAAUUGUUGGAUGCCGUCAUGCAGGGUUUGACUCAAAUGAGGACGCUGAGCAUAGUUGACGACAGUCCAGGACUGUCAUCUGGCGUGGACGCCAGAAUCUCUUACGUAAAAGCCAGCAGAUGUUUGUAUCUUGCUCGCUGCUAUGUGAAUGUCAAGAAAUAUGCCGAAGCACUGACUCUUCUGCAACAUUCAAGCAUCCACAUUCGUGAAACGCAAUCUCAUAUCUCAAUUUCGAACUCGGAAGCUGCCGAGGUCGCGUUCUUCCCACUUUCCCAGGUCGAAUUUGGUCAACUUGAAUCCCAAAUAUCAUCCGAUAGUUUACAAUUCAAACAGGACUGGUUCGCCUACAAUGGUGGCUCCCUCAGUGCGGACCACCAGUCCUGCAAGAAGCCAGCAUUCUUCAAUAUCGCCCUGAAUUAUGUGGACUUGAACAUGGACAGGUUGUUGGAGAGAGCAGGGAAGGAAUCUGCGCCUGCUCCUGCGCCGGCCCCUACUACGAAGGUUGAGUCUGUUGCUGACAAGAGGCGAAUCGUCGAGGACAGGAGAGCGGCAACGCCAGAGCCUGCUCCAGCAUCCACUGCUCGUGGAGGAUUGAGUAGUCUGCUCGGUGGAUGGUGGGGCAAGAGUUGAUGUUACAGUAAUGUAGAAACAGAAAUUAAAUACACAUGCGCAGAUAACAACGAUAGCUAGCCCGAGGAAAUUUGCCUGAGAUUAGAUGAG